CAAUACGGUACCCACUUUCGAUUUUAUGUACAACAGAUCCAUUACAGCGUAACCAAGAUUUUCCGAUGCCUCAUAUCCCUCUGAACAUUCUGAACAUUCUGAAUAUUCUAAACAUGUGCCAUCUGGGCCACGACUCCUGACGAAACCCUUCUAUUCACCUGUACAUUUCCCACCACUUAAUUGAUUCCGUUUCUUUGCCCUAUUAUGAUCGCUUCUGCGGUAUUCUAGGCUAUUCAUUCUUUGACAUCAUUCUCUCGAAGUAGACACGAACUUGGGGCGGUAGACCUUUUGGUGAAGUUAAUGAAUAUAAAACAGCAACUACCAUAAUGGCCAUCGCGAGGCCCGUCCGCGCUCUUGCGCUAGCUGUCUUCAUAGUUUGUUGUUUUUUCCUAUACACGAUAUGGCGCCCGGCUUCUGGCGUGCCCAGCAUAAAGACUUCUGCCGACUUUCACGGUACCAUCGAAAGGGAUCCUAAUCUGGAUCCCACAGGAGAACCCGAAGGUAAACUCGUCCGCGCAAUCGAAGGGGGGUACGCUCCCGGCAUCGCCGGUACCUCGAGAAUCAAUGCGACGAUCCUAACGCUAGUACGAAACGAGGAGCUAGAUGGAAUAUUGCAGUCGAUGCAGGACUUGGAACGAACAUGGAACUCCAAAUUCAAUUAUCCGUGGACAUUCUUCAACGACGUCCCCUUUACCGAGGAAUUCAAGCGAAGGACACGAGCGGCGACCAAGGCUGAAACGCGAUAUGAACUUAUCCCGAAUGAACACUGGGAUACACCGUCUUGGAUCAAUGACGACUUGUACAAGGAAUCAGUCAAGAUUCUCGAGGAGAAUGAAGUUCAAUAUGCCGACAAAAUCUCGUACCACAAGAUGUGCCGAUGGAACAGUGGACUUUUCUAUAAGCAUCCUGCGCUAAAAGACAUGCAGUACUACUGGCGUGUCGAACCCAAUGUCCAUUUCUUCUGCGACGUGGACUAUGACGUAUUUCGUUAUAUGCAGGACAAUAACAAGACAUACGGUUUCACCAUCACCCUCUACGAUGCUCCCAAGUCGAUUCCGACUUUAUGGCCGGAGACAACCAAAUUCAUCACGCAGCAUCCCGAAUAUCUACACGAGAACAGGGCCGAGCAGUGGUUGACUGAUAAGCAACGGCGUCCUAUCCACUGGGAACAGGCAAAUGGUUAUUCGACAUGCCACUUCUGGACUAACUUCGAGAUCGCGGAUAUGAAUUUCUGGCGAAGCCAGGCAUACGAAGACUAUUUCAACCACUUAGAUCGUGCUGGUGGCUUCUUCUAUGAAAGAUGGGGUGAUGCGCCUGUGCACAGUAUAGCACUUGGUCUGUUCGAGGACAAGAGCAAGGUCCAUUGGUUCCGCGACAUCGGAUACCAGCAUAUUCCUUUCUUUAAUUGCCCUAACUCACCAAAAUGCAGAGGCUGCGUUACUGGUCGUCUAACUGAUGGCGAGAACUGGUUGCAUAAAGAAGACUGCCGACCUAACUGGUUUAAAGUCGCUGGAAUGGGUUGAAUGUGACAUUGAAAGGAAGGUUUUAGGAUACGUGAAAAACAAUGGCUGCACGAUAUUGUCCGAUGCUGUACUAAUGUCUGGGAAAUCCCAUUAUGGAUAAGGAUGGCAUGGUGGCAUGGUGGCAUGCGGUGUUCGGCGUAGAAGGAGAGCUGUUUUCUCGGGUUGGCAUGGUAAAAAUCAACCAACUAUUUUUUUUUUUUUUUUUUUUU